GGGCGGGGCCAAGCCAAGUCCUGGCGCGCCCAUGCAACCUUUGCCUUCUAGUAGUCUGCACUGACUGCGCGGCGAGGGUUGGAGGGAGGAGCCAAUCAAAAGUCAGGGCUUACAGGGUUUAGAAGAGGGGCGGGCCGGAACGCUGCAACUCGGACCUCACCUGGUCUUGCUGCAGCAGCUGGAGCACUGGGCUGCGGAGAGUGGGUCCACCUCUGGACGUCGAAUCGUGGUGGUGAGCAGAGGUGGGGAAAGCAAAGACGUAAUGUCAAGUGGAGAUGAUGAGCAGUCACAGGCUCUUGCCAAACCAACUUUCACUGAGGUACAAGCCUCUGCGGUAGUUGAAUCGGUAUUUGGGUUAAAAGUUUCUAAGAUCCAGCCACUUCCCAGUUAUGAUGACCAAAACUUUCACGUUCACAUUUCAAAAAUUAAAGAUACUACAGAUGGCCCAAUUGAAUAUGUUCUCAAAAUAAGCAACACAGAAGCCAGCAAAAAUCCAGACCUGAUUGAAGUGCAGAAUCACAUCAUCAUGUUUCUGAAAGCAGCUGGAUUUCCAACGGCCUCCGUGUGUCGCACUAAAGGAGACAACACAACCUCUCUUAUGUCUAUAGAUAGUGGCACUGAAAUCAAAAGCUACUUGGUGAGGCUACUGACUUACCUCCCGGGAAAACCUAUUGCUAAGAUUCCUGUCAGCACCCAGCUGUUAUAUGAAAUUGGAAGGCUAGCUGCCAAAUUGGAUAAGGCUCUGGAGAAAUUCCAUCACCCAAAGUUAAGUAAUCUUCAUCGGGAGAACUUUAUCUGGAACCUGAAAAACAUUCCUCUUCUGGAGAAAUAUGUGGAUGCCUUGGGCCAGAAUCAAAAUCGGGAGAUUGUUGAGCAGGUCAUUCAGCUGUUCAAGAAAGAAGUAAUGACCAAAUUAAGUCAUUUUCGAGAAUGAGGCUAAGGCAGGAGGAUUGCAAGUUCAAGACUAAUCUCAGCAACUUAAGUUCAAAUGUUUAUUUCAAAAUGCUUCUCAAGUUUCUUUGUAUGUAUCAUCUAUAAAUAAUUAUACUUUUAUUAAAAAAAAACCAACCAAUCCUUUUAUUUCUUUGCUUUACUUUACUGGACACCUUUGUGUUUUUCCCUGUUACCUGUGGGGAUUAUUUUAAGUUAUUUUGUUGAUAGCCUUCACAGGAUUAAAGAAGUCCCCUCUAUUCCUUGUUUACUAAGAAUUUGUAUCAUGCAUAUGAGCCAGUUAUGGUGGUAUAUGCCUGUAGUGCUAGCUACUCAGGAGGCUGAGGUGGAAAGAUUAGUUUAGAGUUCAAGAUCAGUUGACAAUAUAGUGAGACUCUGUCUCAAAUUAAAAAAUAAAAUAAAAAGAAUUUAUAUCAUGAAUACAUGUUGAAUUUUAUUAAAAAUUUUUAUACAUCCAUUGAGAUGGUCAUUAUUUUUCUCUGAUAUGGUAAAAUUGUACUGGUGUUAUUUCUAAUAUUAAAUCAACAUUGCAUUCCUGGUGUAAACCCAACUUGGACAUGAUAUACAUUUUUUUUAUCAUCUUAUUCGGUUUGAAAACAUUUUAUUUAUGAUUUUCACAUCCAGGUACACAAGUAAAAUUUACCUAUAGUUUUCCUCUCAAGGUGCCCUUUUGGGUUUUAUGUUAGCCUCAUAACAUGAG